CCUGACAUGUAUUGCGUAAACAGAAAGCGCGUCAACAACAGAGAGACAGUACGCUAAAGAAAUUAAGCUUAGAAACUAAAAUUAGUUAAAGGUAUAAAUGUAUAUACUUUUACAUUUAAACACGUAAUGAUGAGUAGGUUAUUGAGAGGACUCAUUGAGAAAGUUUAUGUUAGUGAAACGAGCAAGUCACGUCUGAAACUAAUAAGGUGGAUGCAAAGAAAAAGAUUACUCAAAGGAAAAACGAAAUGCAGGCGAUGCAAGAAACGCAUGAAAAUGGUGAUCUCUUCUUGUAAAGAUGGUUACAUCUGGCAGUGCAAAAAGUCAUGCGGACGAAAGAGAAAAAGCAUUAGGACCAACUCAAUUUUUUCCAAAUCCCAUGCAAGCCUUUUUAGUUGGAUGAAGUAUAUACACAGAUUUUCACAGGGUCUUCAUUUGAGACAGGUGGAUAUGAUCCAAGAUAACAUCUCAAAGAGUAGUGCAACUCUGUCCAAGAUGUCCAUGAAAUUGCGCAGUGUAUGUGUGAGAAGUAUGCGAAGGUUCAGGAAAAAAAGAGGGCAAAAAGUUGGUGGGCUCAAUGUAUGUGUACACAUUGAUGAAAGCAAGUUUCGCCACAGACGAAAAUAUGGGAGAGGGCGUUUGGGGGGUGCAUGGAGAAGAAAAAGCUGGGUAUUCGGAAUGGUUGAGAUUUUGCCCUCCCGAAAACCAGUACUGCGGUUGGUGGACAAACGGGACAAGACAACCCUCUUACCAAUCAUUGAGAAACAUGUAAAACGAGGCAGCAUUAUUCAUAGUGAUGAAUGGCGUGCAUACUCGAGUCUUCCAGAGAGAGGAUAUCAACACCACACAGUGAACCACAGCGUUAAUUUUGUAAACCCAUUGACAGGGGUACAUACACAAAACAUUGAAAGGGCAUGGACAAACUUCAAAAGGGAAGUGUGGAGGUUGCGUGCAAAUCGGUCAGAGAAGUCUCUCAAAAACCAUCUGAUAUAUAUAGAAUGGACUUAUUGGUUAGGCAGGAGACAUAGACAAGGAAUUCUUGGGAGGCUUUUGCAUGAUAUUACUCAGUUUUAUCACUGACUAUUUCUAUUUUCUUUUUUGUUUGAAUUUGUGUUUCUCUAACUGUUGUUUUGACUUGUACAAUAUUUUCAUGUUUUUACAUACCUUUUGAUUUACUACAGAUGCACAUACAUCAGUGUAAAAAAGUGAAAGGUUAUUAAAAGGAGUUGAUUGGACAAACAAA